AUGCUCUCAUUUGGUUUAACAAUAAUCCGACAUGGGGAGACCGUCUACAACAAGGAUGGACUACUACAAGGGCAGUCAAUAGACUCUCCACUGUCUGAGACGGGGAUGCGCCAAGCUGAAGCCGCAGGACAAUACCUCAAAGACGUAAAAUUUACCAACGUAUUUGUCAGUGAUAUGAACCGGGCCAAACAGACGGCUGAAAUCAUUUUAAAGAAUAACAGGACCUGCUGUGGCAUAAGUAUGGAUAUUAACCCAGCGCUGAAAGAACGGAGUUUUGGGAUUGCAGAAGGGGGGCGGAUGGAGGACAUGAGGACCAUGGCCAAAGCAGCAGGACAGUCAAUGCUGGAGUUCACCCCCCCAGAGGGAGAAACAAUGGAGCAGGUGAAACUACGGAUCGGACAAUUCCUUAAGGACAUGUUCAGACGCAUCCUGGAUGACCACAGGGGCAAAGCUCAACCAGACAGCGGCGCGGCUGCGCCCGACGCAGAUGAACUGCCUGAGGGGGAUCCGGAUGACGGGGUCCAGAACAUUCCGGCCCAUGCCCUGGUGGUUGGACACGGAGCCUACAUGCGUGUUGCUGUGCGAUACUUUGUGGAGGAUCUUCACUGUUCUCUGCCUCAGGGUUCAGACAUGACUCACGUGUUCUCCGCCUGUCCAAACACAGGAAUGUGUCGCUUUAUUGUCACUUUGAGUUGCAGUGAGGAAAACCAUCCUCUGUCUGCUAUUAGAUGUGUCUUUAUAAACAGGAAAGAUCACUUGAACUGUGUGGAGAGGUAA